AGGGUUUAUUUUUCACUGAGUCACGUUGUUCUAAAAAUUCUACACAAAUUCCGUCCUUUCUCUUCUAAACACUGAGCUGAUUCUUCCAGUAUGGACGUAGAAUUGAAAGAAAAACAGGUUGUGCUUGUGAUCUGGUCUGGAUCGCAGCCUCCCAAGGAUAUUGAACAAGUCGUGAGUCAUUUGAAGAAAAUGGUUGGUGACGAGGGUAAAGUAGCCCUUGAACAUGCAGACCGCCUUCACAUGGCAUCCUACACGGCUUCACAUUUUGAUGUGGUUCUCUCUGGUGUCCUGAGUGAAACAUCUCAUAUUCAUACCAUGGAACUACUGACUGAGAUAGCAAGAAUCCUAAAACCAAAUGGUAGACUUAUUCUACAGGAGACUACUGGAUCCUCGAAUGGUCUAAGGCUUCCAGAGAAAAUAAUGUCCUCGUUAAAACUGUCAGGUUUUGUGGAUGUUUCAGAGGCCCAAAGAGUCAAAGACACAUCAUCUGUAGUCAAGGUCACUUGUCAAAAACCAAACUUUGAGGUUGGAGCAAGUUCUCAGCUGACACUGUCUUUUGCUUCAAAACCAGCUCAGCCCAAGGCUGAUGACAGUGUAGCCAAGAUAUGGGCACUUUCUACACAAGACAUCGAUGAUGAGGAUGUGGAAAUCCUGGAUUCAGAUACACUCUUAGAUGAAGAUGACCUGAAGAAACCAGAUCCUGAGUCUCUGAAAAGUUGUGGACCCACAAGUGGCAAAAAGAAGGCUUGUAAGAACUGUACAUGUGGUUUGGCAGAUCAAGAAUCAGAUCAACCUGCACCCAAGAAAACAGUCACCUCAUCUUGUGGAAGUUGUUACCUUGGUGAUGCUUUUAGAUGUGCAUCUUGCCCCUACUUAGGAAUGCCGGCAUUCAAACCAGGAGAGAAGAUUGCCUUAACAGAUAGGCAGCUAAAGGGAGAUGUUCAAUAGUUAUAGGUAAAGCUCAAACUGUCCAGCAGAGUUAGUAUUAAAUAUUAUGCUUUGUACUCUUACCAUUCUCUAAGCAGAUUACUUUUUAUCUAGCAGAUAAAAUCCAUUGCAGUAAUAGAACCUAACCUUAAAGACAGUCAUAUUUCCAUACAAAUCAUAGCAGUUAACUUGUCUUUGGUUUUUAAAAAGCUGUUAAUGACUGUCACAUUUUCACAUGAAUCACUGCAGUUUAGGGACGCACCAUUUGAUUUUUGAGGGGGGUUGGGCAAAAACCAAAAAGAGUUUGAGCACAGCUUGUAAGAGUGAAAAAAAAAUCGUGCAUAAGGGAAGUGCCAGAAAAAAAUUCCAAAUUAUGUCCAAGAACAAUUC